GAAUAGGCGCCGGCCCGGGACUUUAGCCUGACAAGUAAGUCCCUGUGCCAAGCCAGGUCUGGGAGGCCUGAGGGCAGGGGACCACCUGAUGCUCUCUCCCCCUUCCUGCCUCUUGUCCGGUGUUUAAUCCCUCUCCCCAGGUGGACUGGGGGCUCCAUUGAUGAACAGCCACAUCAUCCUUCCCAGGUGGCCUUUGGCUGCCUGGCACGGACAUAGACCAGGUGGUGGGUGGUGACCUGCUUCUCCCUCCCCGAAGGCCAGGGUAGGUAGGGAUGACAGCUUGGUUACCAAGGUUUCUGUAACCUAUACAGAGGAAGGCUGCUGGGUGAGCUGAUUCACACUCGGAACAAAGGAGCCGCAAGACUCCCUGGAAACCGUCCAGGGUGACCCUUAGGCUGAACCGAUGAAGAGGUGCAAACAGAACUUCUACCACAGUGCUCAAGAAGGCCAGAACACUGGACUUGCCAAACUGGAACGAUGCUGGCAUUUUAGGUUAUUGACAAACUCCAGCUCUCUGCACCAGAACAACUUCCUUCCAGAGCCAGACAUGAACAGCUAUGCAGACUUUGCCCACGGCCCCGGCAGUCCUGCCAAGGCACCCGCGGAGCCCCAGACUGACCGGGCUGUGCUUCAGGAAGACGUGGACAUGAGCAGUGGCUCGAGUGGAAACGAAGCCACCGGCAACGGCUCCGCUGGCCGGGGCUCCCAGGCCAGCGACUGUGAGGACAGUGGGAAGGAGCAGGGGAUGCUGGUGGAGCCCCCCCACCCCCACCAGAGUCCCGAUGCCUUCAGCCUGCUGAUGGCAGAGACUGAGCACAACCCGUCCGCAUCUACCAGUGGCUGCAGCAGCGAGCAGUCUUCCAAGGCAGAUACACACAAGGAGCUGAUAAGAACACUGAGGGAGCUGAAAGUCCACCUCCCUGCAGACAAGAAGGCAAAAGGCAAGGCCAGCACACUGGCGACCUUGAAGUACGCCCUGAGGAGUGUGAAGCAAGUAAAAGCUAACGAGGAGUACUACCAGCUGCUGAUGUCCAGCGAGAGCCAGCCCUUCAGCGUGGACGUGCCCUCCUACACUGCCGAGCAGGUGGAGGGCACCACCUCCGAGUACAUCAUGCAGAACGCGGACAUGUUUGCUGUGGCGGUGUCCCUGGCCACCGGGAAAAUCCUGUACAUCUCCAGCCAAGUGGCCUCCCUGUUUCACUGCAAGAGAGAGGCCUUCCGCGACACCAAGUUCGUGGAGUUCCUGGCUCCGCACGACGUCAGCGUGUUCCACAGCUCCACCAGCCCUUCCAGGCUCCCGUCGUGGAGCGUGCGUGGGGCCGGAGAUUCCUUCUCUCGGGAGUGCAUGGAGGAGAAAUCCUUCUUUUGCCGUGUCAGUGUCGGGAAGCGCCACGAGCAUGGCAUCCACUACCAGCCCUUCCGCAUGACGCCCUACCUGGCCAAGGUGCAGGAGCAGCGGGCACCCGAGAGCCAGCUCUGCUGUCUGCUGCUGGCAGAGAGGGUGCACUCAGGCUAUGAAGCCCCCCGGAUUCCUCCCGAGAAGAGAAUCUUCACGACGACCCAUACACCCAACUGCCUGUUCCAGGAUGUGGACGAAAGGGCAGUCCCCCUCCUGGGCUAUCUACCUCAGGACCUGAUCGAGACGCCCCUGCUCGUGCAGAUCCACCCCAGCGACCGGCCCCUGAUGCUCGCCAUCCACAAAAAGAUCCUACAGUCCGGAGGGCAGCCUUUCGACUAUUCUCCCAUUCGGUUCCGCGCCCAGAAUGGCGAGUACAUCACGCUAGACACCAGCUGGUCCAGCUUCAUCAACCCGUGGAGCAGGAAAAUCUCCUUCAUCAUCGGGCGGCACAAAGUCAGGGUGGGCCCCUUGAAUGAGGAUGUGUUCGCAGCCCCCCCGGGAGCGGAGGAGAAGGCCCCGCACCCCAGCAUUCAGGAGCUCACGGAGCAGAUCCACCGGCUGCUGCUGCAGCCCAUCCCCCACAGCGGCUCCAGUGGCUACGGCAGCCUGGGCAGCAAUGGGUCCCACGAACACCUCAUGAGCCAGACCUCAUCCAGUGACAGCAACGGCCACGAGGAGUCUCUCCGGAGGAGACCCGAAAUUUCUAAAAAUGGUAGCAAGAGCAAAACCAAAAGCCAUUUUUCUCAGGAAUCCGGAGCACAAAGGAAAACAUCCAUUCCAGAAAUGCAGAGCAGCCCCGCGGCUGCUCAGGUGAAAGCUGCUCCGGCCACCGAGAAGGAGAGCUCCAGGGUGAGCUCCCCCAAGGCCUGCUUCCCCGAGGAGCUGGCCUGCAAGAACCAGCCCCCCUGCUCCUACCAGCAGAUCAGCUGCCUGGACGGCGUCAUCAGGUACCUGGAGAGCUGCGGCGAGGCCUCCACCCUGAAGAGGAAAUGCGAGUUCCCGGCGCACAUCGCGUCGCGGAAGGCCACGGUCAGCCCCGGGCUGCAUUCCGGAGAGGCAGCUCCGCCCUGCAAGGUGAACAGCCACGCAGACGUGAGCGCGCGCCUGACCUCACUGGCCCUGCCUGGCAAGGCCGAGAGCGUGGUCUCCCUCACCAGCCAGUGCAGCUACAGCAGCACCAUCGUCCACGUGGGGGACAAAAAGCCGCAGCCCGAAUCAGAGAUGGUAGAAGAUGCUGCCAGCGGGGCCGAGUCCUUGGACAGCCUGCCCGGAGUCCUGACCCAGGAAAAAGGGCCGCUGCCGACGCUGGGCCUCACCAAGGAGGUGCUGGCGGCCCACACGCAGAGGGAGGAGCAGGGCUUCCUGCAGAGGUUCAGGGAGGCGAGGCGGCUGGGAGCGCUCCAGGCCCACUGCCAGUACUACCUGCAGGAGAGGGCCCGGGCCCAGUCCGGUGAGCGAGCUGCUCCUGGACCAAGAAAUAGUUCUGGAGUUGAGUCAUCUUGGAAAAAAGCUGGGAAGAACAGAAAGCUAAAGUCCAAGCGGGCCAAGCCUCAGGACUCCUCUGAUAGCACGGGUUCUGGGGGACCCUUGCCCCACCGGCCCCCCCUUGUGGGCCUGAACGCCACGGCCUGGUCCCCUUCGGACACCUCCCAGUCCAGCUGCUCCGCGGUGCCGUUCCCCGCCCCCGUGCCGGCGUACCCCCUGCCCGUGUUCCCGGUGCCCGGGACGGUGGCGGCGCCGCCUUCGGCUCCCCCGGCCGGCUUCGUGGUGCCCGUGGACGCCCAGCACGAGUUUGCGGGCCAGCCGCUGCCGUUCACGGCGCCCUUGGCGCCCGUCGUGGCCUUGAUGCUACCCAGCUAUCCUUUCCCACCCGUGACCCCAAGUCUACCCCAGGCCUUCUUUCCCAACCAGCCCCACUUUCCAGGCCACCCCAUGCUCACCCCCGACAUGACCCCCGCCUCGCAGCCGGGGUUCCCCCUGCAGACCUCACUGCUCAGACAGCCCUGCACCUGCCCGGCCACCCCGGCCACCCCUCCGCCGGCGGCCACGGCCGCCACGGGCAGGGCCUCCCCGCCGCUCUUCCAGUCCCGAGGGAGCUCGCCCCUGCAGCUCAACCUGCUGCAGCUGGAGGAGGCGCCCGAGGGCAGCGCCGGGGCCGCGGGGGCCGCGGGACCGGACGGCACGCCCGGCACGUCUCAGGACCGGCAGCCAAAGGCACCUCCAGCGCACAAGGAGCCCUCCGACCCCCUGAACAGCGACGCCCUCUCCACGUCCAGCGACCUGCUCAACCUCCUCCUGAGCGAGGACCUCUGCUCGGCCACAGGCUCCGCGCCGUCCGGGAGCGGGGCCUCGGCCACCUCCGAGUCUCUGGGUUCCAGCUCACUGGGCGGCGGCGUAUCCCGAAGCGGGGCAGGCAGUAGUGACACAAGUCAUACCAGCAAAUACUUUGGAAGCAUUGACUCUUCAGAGAAUAACCACAAGGCUAAGCUGACUGCAGACAUGGAAGAAAGUGAGCAUUUCAUUAAGUACGUUCUGCAGGACCCCAUCUGGCUACUGAUGGCAGACACCGACGACAGUGUCAUGAUGACCUACCAGCUGCCCUCCCGGGACCUGGAAGCGGUGCUGAAGGAGGACCGAGAGCGGCUGAAGGCGCUGCAGAGGUCCCAGCCCCGGUUCACAGCCAGCCAGAGGCGGGAGCUGCUGGAGGUCCACCCGUGGGUCCAGAUGGGCAGCCUGCCCUCCGCCAUCAACGUGACGGAAUGCGUGUACUGUGAAAGUGGGGAGAAGGAGCACGCGUGUGCGCCCUACGAGGAAGGCCUUCCUUCCCUGGGACUCGGCGACACCUCAGACACCAAAGAGGAGCAGCGCGGCCGCCCCCCGAGCCCCGGGCAGGAGCAGACAUAACCCCCCGACGGGCAGCGAUCCACGUUAGACGGUGCUUGGAAGAGAGAAGAGCUUCACAUUUGUUUCUAAGGAAAUGAGCGUAUAUAUUUAUGUUGCUUUUUUUGUUUUAGAAAAAACAGAACACAGUCUCCUGAGGGGUGGCUUGACUGUGGUGGAUGAGGGAGGUUCAAGAAGAAAUACGUUUUUGUAUUUUCAGUCGGGAGUUUGCGGAAUGGGGGAAGAGUGGGGUUUUGAACCUGAGACCGUGACCCUCUGUCAGGGAAGCUGCCGCAGUGCCCUCCCGAGUCCCUUGACCUUGAGGAGACCUCUGCCCAGCGCACUGGCAUCCGCCGGCCUUUGGUCGUCCUGCGAGGUCGCACGUGGCCGUGACAAACAUCCAGGAAGCCACCUGUGGCCCCGAGUGGGGGCCGCGGCUUUCGGAAGCUCACGCACACCCCGUCCUCUCCUGGGGACUGCUUUCUGCCCACAAGAUGGCUGCGUUCAGCGGCUGCGCGGCGGCGCGGAGAGGAGCCUCCGCCGUCCUUGUGGGAAGCACCGUCGACCAUCGCCGCGCCGGCUUAGGGCACCGUGGCGGUGAACGCGGCGGCUGGCGUGUCUUUUGCUUGCAGUGAAUAGAGCUGAAUGCUGCUCUCUCGGGGUCUCGCACCCCCUGAUCGAUGCCUACCAGACACUUGGUCCGUGUCUGUGUCUUUCUGGGGUUCCUGAGCACCACGGCCCCCCGUGGCCGGCCCCGCCCCGCGUGUACCCCCUCAGCGCAGGCCCGCGCUGCCACUGGCCCUGGAAGGUUUUUGGUUGGAGCGUCCCAGGCCCCAGCCCCCAGCCAAAGCGGACACGUCCCCCACCCAAGGGGGGCGGGGGGCUCCCUGUCCCCACAGCCCCCGUGAAGUGUCUGGAGGCUCUGGCUGACACUCACCGGGGCUGCUGGAACUUUCAGAGCAGAAGAGCCGGGGGCCGUGGGGAGAUGGAGACACCUGGUCCUUACAAAAUCUCCCGCUGCACCCGAAACCCAAAGACAGCAAAGGCUCCACCAUCCGGGCACCUGGCACGAACGAGAAGUCACUGCUGACACACCAGCUGCCUUAAAAUCAGAGCCAGGCCGCGGGAAGCCGGGCUUCCCCGCUCUGACUGGGCAGCCAAGAGGCAGGAGACUUGGGCUCUGCACUGGUUUUCGUAGCAAACCAUCUCUCUGAAUGGUAAUCCUGUUCUUCUCAGACACAAGGCCCUGAAACAUUUUUGCCAAGUCAGGUCAUGUGUGGAGACUCGAGGUAAGGUUGUAGCCCAUGUGUUUAUGACAACGAAGCUCUUCAUGGGUAGUGAAGGCCUAAGGCGAUACUUCCAUUACCUACACACAAAACUGCCAAAAACCAUUCUCUCUACUGUUAUGAAUGUCUGCUGCCAGCAUUAUCUCCUUGUUUAAUAUGUGCUAAGACACUGACUUUCUAGGAUAAUCUUGUGACUCUGUUUACAUGCUGACAAGCAUCCUGGCCUGUUCUUUAGUGUGUGUGCUUACACGGGUGUCCUAGAGCUUUUUCUCUAUUUUAAACUGAGCCUUCUUUUUUAAUCUGUUCCUGAGAAGAUAUGUACAUAAGCUCCCGGAGUGUAUGUGGUGAUUUUCUGAGCCUUGCCGGACAAGUGGUUUGCUCCUGGGCAAACCAAACUUUUCUUCACUCAGUGCAAUAUAUUUGUGUGACUGCUUGUGUCUUUUUAUGACUUUUUGCCUUUUAGAAAAUUGAUAAAUAAAGCAAGUAUAUUUUUAUUUUC